GCUUGCUGUGUCUUCCUCCUCCUCCUCCUCCUCCUCCUCAACGUCAUCGCAUCCCGUAAAGGGAUGUCGGCGGCCAUGAUCAAGCAAAGAGUAGCUCUUCUCUUGAGUUGGGGAUGCACUGAUCAUUCGGUGUACAUGAAUUGUAGCCUCCUCACCGUUAACGCAUUACAUUCCACCGAGAGUCCCAAUCACUUCGUGGCGAUUCACAUCGCAACCAAGUUAUUCUACAUGAAGAUCGAAGAGGUUCAAGUUUCCAACCAAGGGUAGUCCGAAGAUGUCAAUGCACAGAACAAGGUUGCCACUAUCCAGCAAGAGGAUGAGAAGGAUGCCCUCAUACAGAGAAUAGGGUUUUAUACUUUCUCAACAGAAUGUAAACAAAAUUUCAAUUCUAUAUACAAAAACACACCCUUCUGACAGGGGAUAGCAGUGUCGGCACAUUGUGUGGCACACGGCCAAGCAGCGAAAAACCGCGUGCGGUACCACGCUCUUCACAGACCUCGCUUCGUUUUGCCCGGUUUCAGUUCGUGGUGAAUCCCGCGAGUUGUGGCGAUGAAGGGAUCAGUGUCUGUCGGUGGGUCGAUUGCAGGGGGUUGAUUGCCCCGCGUAAGCAGCACUGAUUCCCCCGGUCGUAAAUCGGAUUGUGCCAAUAGUUCCCUGGAACGUUUGCUCGUUAUCGGACAACAGCUUGUUAAGCGAAACCUUGCUGUCGCCUCUGUCGCUGUGCAUUGUCUGGUUGCUACUGGGUGGUUGCGAUUCAAGAGACUGAUCGAGGUAACAUUUUAUUUUGGAGUGGUUCAGUACGAUGGACGUAUUUUGGAUCUCGCUCCAUUCGAUGCGUUUCAGGGAUCUAGGACUGUUUGAAAUUAGUGAUCGUCUUGAUGGGUUAUCAGCCAAAAAACACCAGCAGCGUCCUCUAUCGACUCAUUGGUUUUGUUUGUUGUUGGCUACAGUUGUUUCGAUUGAAGUACGCGAUCUUUUCAUUGAUAUCAACUGGCCUUGUAGAGGAGGUAUUCGAUUGUUUUUAGCAACUAUGGGGGAGAAUUAUCAGAAGGAUCGGAAUGUGUGGAGCACAGUGUUGGUGACGGCAGCCGCUCUUGCAGCAGGUUGGGCCGCCAUCGAAUUGGCCUUCAAGCCGUUUCUGGACGCAGGGAGGGCAUCCAUCAACCGUGAAUUGGACCCCGAUUAUGAUCCUGAUGAUGAUCUCCAUGGCCCCUGUGGGAAUAAUAGUCCCAAAGCUGAAGCUAAAGAAGCAGUACGAGACCUCAAGAACCAGUCAAGCGAGUGAAACCUCAUCAUACGUCCCGAUUUAUGGUUGAAGCUGGAUUAUAAUCUCUGAUGGAGGAGGUGAAUUCCAAGCUAUUCUUCGUCUAAUUGCGACUGUUACUCCGAAAUCAGAUGCCAUAUUGUUUCAUUGUGUAGGCUAAGUAGUAGGCCUGAAAGGUCAAGGGCCUAUUCUUCCGAACGUCUAUGGGAUUAUUGGUGCUAUCAACGUCCAUCUGUGAGAAGGAUGCCGUUCCUACAGAUUCGUUGGGACUGUAUAGGUUUCUACUUUCAAUUGCGUGGGGUGAGUUGAAAGGACAGUACUGUGAAUGCAGGUGGACAGCCUCUUGAAAACCCUGUGAACUUGAUCCAAGAAUUCAUUUCAGUCCGUCUUUAUUCAUAGCAGGUUCCAUCACAGCUAAGCAAACAGUGCAUAAGUCUGAAUCUUUCAUUUUCUUCGUGUGAUUCUUAGUAUCACCAAGCAAGGACGUUGCUUUAGUGAUUUCAAUGCACAAGGGCUCGGAAUGUUAGAAAUGA